ACGUCUCGAUAAAGUUAUGAGCUCGGCAGUAAUGUCGCAACUUGACAGCAAGUUGGUCGAUAAUUUAGUGAGAUUGAUAAGCCAUGAUGGGGAUUUUACCAGCGCCUUCUAUUUUGAUCCAUCAAAGGAAAAAUGUACUUUGGAGGAGACACUUUCAACUGUAAUUGGUACCCUGCCUGCAAUAAUUUGGCGAUCGGAAGUACCCGUAAUAUUGAAUCGAUUUGUCGGCGACGAUUUGUUAGUGUUGGCCUGUCUAUCGGAAAUGCGUUGGAAGGAUCUGCUUUCCAGUGUGUCGAAGAGUUUGCGCUUUCGAAGACAGGCCCGAAUCAUGAUUGAGCUAAAGGCGGACAUUGAAGAAAGUUUAAUUAAUGAAGUUCUGCGCUUUUGCCUGAGCCAAGAUAUGAUUAAUGUGAAUGCGAUUUUUCCUAACUUCACUAAAACGAAAACAAUUUAUGGCUUUGAAGCCUACCCGGAAUUUAAAAUGACGACUCAUUUCUUUAGUGGAGACACUAAGAUAACCACACUCUAUCCGGAUAAGAUGAUGAACCUUCAUGGAGGUAGGAUUCGAACCAUGCCAGACUACUCAGAACCAAACACCCUCCUUUACGUAGACAAAGAGGGGCAUCGGCACAUCCUUGGUUACCUGUGGGAUAUGAUGGAAGCUUACGCCCAAAAGUGCAAUGCCACCCUAAAAGUUGUUAAUAAGUACGCGGACGGAAGAACCUUAAACUACGUUGAGAUCUUGGAUGUGGCCCAAGCUGGUGUCGUGGAUGUGUCCGCCAGCAUUCAGCCCAUGUCAAUGACUGAAGUCGAUAUACAUCAAUUUUCUUAUCCGGCAGACCUGGCCAGCUGGUGCACCAUGUUGCCCGUGCAGAGGGAUCUUAAUGUGUCCGAAAUACUGACCAGGGUGGCACCCAAUACGACCUUUUCUUUUAUAGUGACUCUAUGGAUUAUCUACCAAAUUUUAAAAGGACGCUGGCGCUUUCACCAAAGGCUAAAGAAAAUUGGCUGGCUGUUUUUGGUCGUUUUGGUGAGUGCAAACUACCUGAGCAGAUUGCUAACAUUCUUAGCCGCUCCUCCUGCUCUACCACCGCUUCACAGUCUGCAGGACCUAAUCGAUUCACCAGUGCGGAUCCUUUCGAUUCGCAAUGAGUACAAAAUAAUGGAAUUCACCCAGCGAACCAGGUAUUCGGCAGCAUUUCGACUGAUAGAUAAGGCUACUAUUCUGAUUUCAACGCGCAACUCGCUGAACACAUCGUUCGGCUAUACCACCACCAGCACGAAGUGGAAACUCUUUGAGGAACAUCAGAAACGAAGCUCCAGACCCUUGUUUCACUACUCCAAGGAUAUUUGCUUCUUUGAAAUGGUUCUGUUUGGACUGAGUAUUCCUGAAAACUCCCCCCACCGCGAUCCGCUCAAGGAUUUUAUUAUGCAGUUAUGGCAAUCUGGCUUAUUUAACUUUUGGGUCUCCAAAGGCUUCUCAUACAUGGUGAAGGCUGGAAGAAUAGACAUCAAGGACUUAAGGCUACGCCACCGAGCCCAUGCACUUACCAUAGCAGAUCUGAGGCACGUACUCCUAAUAUACUGUAUCGGUAUGCUAAUUAGCUUCGUUUUGUUUACCUUUGAGCUAAUUGUUAGUUGGGUGAAGUCCUGGCUUGGCUUUUAGUUGUCCUCGCGGCAAUUAGGGCGAUGGUGUCCGAUAAAACAACCCGCUCUCGCAGCCCCAAGCCCCCAUAUUUCUUUCUGCCUAUAAAUAAACAAGUUAAACAAACAAAUGGGAACUUUGUGUUUCACUUCGUGACGUUGACAGGGGCCCGAAUGGCAGUUUUCUUUGGGGGAGACAGUAGUUAACAAUGCUGUUGAAUAGUUGCCUACCGUCUUACACCUUCGAGAGUUUCUUGAGGGCAAACGGAAUAAAUGCAAAUUACCUCCAACGAAGUCACCGCAGCGGCACGACGGGAGCCACGAAAUGAGACUCUGAGAUGAGCCACCGCCAGACAACUGCAGUGGAUCCACAAAAUAAUGUAAAGCCUUGGCAGCAAACACCAACAAAUUGUGGCCUAGUGCCGCUGAGUGAAGAAUCGCAAGUGUCUUGGGGCUUCGCUGUUUGUUUCCAUCAUUUUUUUUGGUAGGACAACGCAAAAUCUAUCUAUGAUUUUGAGUUCUGGCCCGUUUUGAUUAACAUAAAGCGAAUAAUAGACACCGACUGGCGGCAACGUGAAAAAAUUUGAUUUCACGAUUUUGCACUAUUUACCCAAAGAAGCCAACCAACACCUGCGAGUGCAACAAAAGCAACAUCGACAUCAACUAGCUGUUUUUCUAUAUUUUUGACAGUUGGCAGUAUAAGAUACAUACAUUUUCGUUCCGAUUCCACGGCUGUCAAUGAUGUCUAGCCAGUUGCAACAUUACACAUCUCAAUUUCAAAUUACUACUAGUUAGGCACUCGAUGGAAAGAAAAUGAAACAGCAGCCUGGGCAAACAUUUUGCCAAAUGAGUUGGCCCAGAUAACAUUUGGUGCCUUUUGAACUCAACCGUUCUAUUGACCUGAAGAAGAAUCGACGUCUAGAUUUGCGAUUUUCUGGCUGAAACAAUUGGCACGCCGCAAGAAAUUUAUGACACACAAGAAGCGCCACGAUUUGGUUGACAAAUUUUCCCAAACACGACGAUUUUGGCAAUGAAUUAUGUGGCCGUGAUCGACGGGAAAUUAAAGCCAAAGCGGCUGAACCUCACGACAUGUCGUGCCAGGGAAUUGAGUCGCGGAGGACAACUGCUCAUAAUUUGCUUCAAAUUAUUAAACGCUCUGUUCCAGCGAGGGUCAGUGAAGUAGAAAACACACACACGCAUGCUAAAGCCGAAAUCAGAAAUCAGUAAUCAGUCCCCUGGACCCUGAGACCGCAAAACUUUCUCCGCAAGACGGAUGCGAGGGUGUUGUCAGCUGCCAAGAAGGAUCAGGCUCAAGCCUGUGUCGACCAUAAAACCCAUGGCUGUGCAAAGAGGAGCCGCCUGAACUUUGAAUGGCAGGCCAAACAAGUCGGUAGCCAAAGAUUACUGCACCGCAGCAAUAAGACUCUUUUUCGAAAGGGCUAAUAAAAAAGGCAAAAUUAAUCACAUUAAUUUAGAAGCUCAUUUUGCAGUUACCAAGGACUGUAUAAUUGAUAAUUAUGCUAGAGAAUUUUAUUUUACGACAGUCUAUAAAAAACCUAACAACCUUUUGGUAGAGCAACCAUACAAAGUUAAAAUAUUUCGGCUUAAAAAUUCUACAGCUGCAGCUGGCCCUCUGGGAUCGGCUUGUCGUAUUUUCUCUCCGGUUUUGUUUCGCUGCAUUUUGUUUUGUUUUCGCCCGCGUUGCGGUUGCCUUGCCCACAAGUUGAAAGGUCAGGAAUUUAUGGAUUUUACAUGCCAGCAGAGACAUUUCCAGAUACGAGCAAUCGUAACUUUAGCCAAACAUCCAGUUCGCCUUGAACUCUUAUUGUUCCCCUGGGAGAAGGGGUGCCUCUGAGCCAAACUAAUGUUACCAUAAUUUCAGCUGGCUGGGAUAAUUACUUGCGAUAAUCGUUGAUAAGGGCUUUGAUUUCCAAAGCAAACUG